AUGGGUUUCGUCGGUGUGUAUAAGGCGCUCUACGACUAUGCGCCUCAGUCGGAGGGCGAGCUGGCCAUCACCGAGGGCAGCCUGCUCUAUGUCCUCGACAAGGAUGGCGGCGAUGGUUGGUGGAAAGCCAAAAAGAAGGCCGCCGGCGAUGACGAGGACGAGCCUGAAGGCUUGAUUCCAGAAAAUUACGUCGAGGAGGCACAACCGACUCGCCACGCACGCGCCCUGUACGAAUAUACAAGACAGACCGACGAGGAGCUGUCGUUCCCAGAGGACGCCCAACUGGCAAUCUACGACACCUCCGAUCCCGACUGGAUUCUUGCAGGGUACGACAACGACUACGGCUUUGCGCCUGCCAACUACAUCGAUAUGGAUGGGACCAGCGCGGCCGCUGCCGAUGCCAAUGACGGUGAGGCCGACGAUGAGGGGCCUCCUCCUGUGCUCCCGUCAAGACAGGCCACGAUCAAUGACGACGACAACACGCCAAGUCCACGCCUUCCUCCCCGUGGCGCUCCUUCCAACGAGCCGAGCAGCCCCAACGCCAAUUCAGCUGCCGCCGCCGCACUCGCCAAUGUUCUGUCUGGCCGCUCUGCUGCGCAACGACCGGCGACGCCUCCCCCUUCGCUGCCAGACCGUCCGCGCUACCUCUCCGACGACGCCUCGGAAGGAGAGGAUCCACUUUCGCCACCACUGCCGACACGACCGCGGCCCCAAGCUACCUUUGACGAUGACGAGCCAUCUCCAUCUCUGCCGCAACGGAGCAAGAGCAAUGCGUACGGCGGCAACAGGGCCGGUGACAGUAGCAGAAGCGGUGGUUACGAUGACGAGGAGUCGCAUGCCCCGAACGCCCUGAGCCCGGGCGGUUUCCACCUGUACAACAUUUCCGAGAUGGUGUCCGUCAUGGGCAAGCGAAAGAAGAUGCCCACGACGCUCGGCAUCAACCUCAAGACUGGUGUUAUUCUAAUCGCACCAGAAAGGUCGCAGGACGGCCCCUCGCAGGAAUGGUCUGGUGAUAAGAUGACGCACUAUUCGCGGGAGGGCAAGCACGUGUUUAUGGAACUCGUCAAGCCCAGCAAGAGCGUCGAUUUCCACGCCGGCGCCAAGGACACGGCUGAGGAGAUUGUCAGUGCGCUCGGCGAGCUUGCCGGUGCCGUUCGCGCCGAGGGCCUGCGCGAGGUCAUCCUGGCAGGCACCGGCCACGAGCUGAAGAAGGCCGUGGUUCUGUACGACUUUAUGGCCCAGGGCGACGAUGAGGUUACGGUAGCCACCGGUGAUGAGGUCAUUGUCCUCGACGACCGUCGCAGUGAGGAAUGGUGCCAGGUGCGCCGUGUUAAGAAUGGCAAAGAAGGCGUCGUGCCCCUGAGCUACGUCGAGGUCACAGGCAGUAUUACGUCCGACAUUCCCCCGCAGCCGAUUUCCGGACACCAGUCGCCCACGCCGAGCUCGCCCACUACGAACACGGCCCCAGCCAUCUCGACCUCCAUGGCAACCAUCGGUGCCAGAUCCACGGUGAAGCAGAACCGCCUGGACGAAGAGCGCCUGACACGCGACGCCGUGCGCGCUGCGGUGCGCGACGAGUCAAAACGAGCAAACGAGGUAGGCCAUGGCGUGCAUCCGCCUGAGAGGCGCAGUAGUUUAUAUGCAACGAACGUUAACGGGGGUGACCAACAGGGGCAGCGCAAGAAAGAGAAUGGCAACGGCAGUAGCUCCCGCUCGGGCAAGGCCAAACCCGAUGCGUCCAAAGUACGGACCUGGACCGACCGCACCAAAUCAUUCAGCGUUGAUGCGCAGUUCUUAGGUCUCAAGGACGGCAAGAUCAACUUGCACAAGAUGAACGGUGUCAAGAUUGCCGUGCCCGUGGCCAAGAUGUCAUUGGAGGACCUCGAGUACGUCGAGGCUGUGACGGGCGUUUCCCUGGACGAAGACAAGCCGCUCUCGAGCAUGAAGCGCAGGUCCCAGAUCCAGCAACAGCACGACGAGUCGCAAAACUCGUCCGGCACCAAGGUCGGCGCCUCCAUCGAGCCCAAAAAGUCCGACUACGACUGGUUCCAGUUCUUCCUCACCUGCGAAGUCGCCGUUGGCUUGUGCGAAAGGUAUGCGCAGGCCUUUGUCAAGGACAACAUGGACGAGAGCGUCCUGCCGGACAUUAAUGCCAGCAACCUCCGGACUCUCGGCCUCCGCGAAGGAGAUAUCAUCAAGGUGAUGCGGUUCCUGGACAACAAGUACGGCCGCUCGAAGAAGGGUGGUGACGACGGUGCCGAUGGCGGCGGUCUCUUCUCGGGCCCAGGUGGCACCCUGCGAAACAACACGCGCCGUGGCCGGCCGACGCCCACGACUCAAGCGAAUGACGUUGUCGAUGCCAAGGCCUUCUCACAGCAAAAGUCGAGUGACGCCAGCAAUGCUACAAAUGGCAACCGUGUUGCAUCACCGGUGGAACAAACCCCUGCAGAGAGAACUGCGCCGCCCCCGAAGCAGGCAUCUGCGUCCAGUGGUGGCGGGUUCGAUGAUGACGCGUGGGAUGUAAAGCCCUCCCGGCAGCCUGCUCCUGCUGCGACACCAGAGCCUCCGACUGCCCAGCAUGCUCCUGAAGCCGCUCCACCACCGCCUGUUGCAAAGCCCACUGCUGCCCUGACUGGCUCGAUGCAAGAGCUGUCCCUUCUCUCGCAGGCCCUGCCGGCAGAGAAGCUCAACCCCAACCCUCCACCCCCUAUCACGCUUCCUGCACAAGCAACACCCGCAGUGUCGCUGCCUCCUGUUCAGCAGCAGCCUCCGCCGCAAAUGCCGGGCGCUUCUCCCGCAAUGUUCGCCGGCCUGGCCCAGCAGCAGACCGGCAUCCAGGGAAUGAACGGGCUCCAGCCACAGCAGACGGCUGCUUCUUUUGCUAGGGCGCGGCCCAUGGCCCCGCAGUACACCCAGGGCCAGGGCGGUCUGCUCCCUCCUCCUCCCUCACGCCCGCUUUCGGCGCCGCAGUCUGCCCAGCCCAGCGCAUUCAGCCCACCCCCGCUGCAGCCCCACAUGACAGGCAUGGUCACUGGCCAGGUGGCACCGGCGGGCCAGAGCCUCAACGACAUCAACCAGGCACGGAUGCAGCAGCAAUACCAGCAGCAGAUGCAGCAGAUGAUGGCACAGCAGCAGCCCCAGGGUAUGAUGCCCAUGAUGACGGGCAUGCCCGCGCAGCAGCAGCCGCAGCCGACCGGAUUUGGCAUGCCCGGCCAACAAUUUAUGCCACAGCAGCAAAACCAAUUCGGCCAGCCUGUGCAAAUGCAACCCACCGGCUUCGGCGGGCCCUUCAACCCCGGCCAACAACAGUUCGGCAUGGCCCCGCCACAGGGAGGUAACAUCAACUCGAUGCUGCCGCCGGCUCUGGAACCCCAGCGCACUGCCAUGCCGGUGCCGCCGGCGCAGCAGCAGCAGCAGACUAUGCAGCCCAUGCAGCCUCAGCCAACCGGCCCCUUCACGCAGGGCUUCGGCAACCACGGCAUGGCGCCCACCCCGGCACCCCUUUUGCCUCAGCAGACGGGUCCACCGCCCCCUGUCCGUUUCGGUGUGACGGAGGAGACGAAGAAGUUGAUGCCCCAGGCCACGGGCCGGCGCGCCAACCUCUUGGCAGCGACUCCGGACAACCCGUUUGGUUUUUAA